GUAAUUUGCCGUUUUAUGUUGUGUAGAUGGGGUAUAUUGGCGAUCAAACAACAAGGAUAAGGGAUAUGGUAGUAACUGCAAUUGUAAUUUCAACGUGACAAAAAACAUAAGAAUAAUAUGAAGCUUGUAAGAUUCUUGAUGAAACUCAGUCAUGAGACUGUAACGAUAGAACUGAAGAAUGGUACUCAAGUAUACGGCACCAUUUCUGGAGUAGACGUGGCGAUGAAUACGCAUUUAAAAACAGUGAAAAUGACUAUAAAGAACAGAGACCCUGUUCAAUUAGAUACGUUAAGUUUACGAGGCAAUAAUAUAAGGUAUUAUAUAUUGCCAGAUUCGUUACCACUUGAAACCUUACUCAUAGAUGACACACCAAAAGCAAAAGCUAAGAAAAAGGAAGCUGCAAGAGGAGCAGCACGUGGUCGAGGACGAGGCGGACGCGGCACCAGAGGUGGUCGUGGUGGACGAGGUAGAGGAAGAGGCAGACGUUAAUGACACAUAGUGUUGUAUUUAAAUAAAUUUAAUUCGACAUUUUCAUAUUAAAGGAAAGG